CAACAUCACAGUGUUUAUUGGUUUAUCUUCUAUUUGUUUUAAGAAAAUAAAUUGAUUAUUUUGUGUUGUCUCCUUCGCCACAAAUUACAAAUAUAAACCGAUUAAACAUGAUACGCAUGACAGUCAAUUGUACGCAUAACAUUAAACACAGUAACCAGUUGCAGUCAUGUAGGAUAAUAGGUGAUGCUAAAAGAUUUACUAAUAAAUGUGAUACAACGAAGAGCGCAGGUGUUCCUGGAGAAACUAACAAGGGGGCUAAAAAAUUCGGUGUCUUUCCACCGAAAAGGCCGAUGCCUAAACAUCCCCCAGUCGACCUGCAUGGAUGGAAGACGUAUAAAGUUGGCGAAACUCGGCGAUAUUCGCCAUUUCAUUUUCGUGGCCAGUCUACUGUGGAGUGGGUGGUAGCCAGAGCUGACGAUAUCCUUAAUUGGGGAAGAAAAUGCUCUCUCUGGCCUCUGACCUUCGGUCUCGCUUGCUGUGCUUUGGAAAUGAUGCACUUUGCCGGAUCAAGAUACGACAUGGAUCGUUACGGUAUGGUGUUUCGAGGAACUCCGCGCCAAACUGACGUGAUCAUCGUCGCGGGCACGGUGACCAACAAGAUGGCGCCCAUACUGCGUAAGACCUACGACUUGAUGCCAGACCCUAAAUGGGUGGUCUCGAUGGGAAGCUGCGCCAACGGUGGCGGCUACUACCAUUACACCUAUUCAACGGUGCGAGGUGCAGACCGGAUUAUACCGGUUGACAUCUACGUGCCCGGGUGUCCGCCUACAGCCGAGGCUCUGUUGUAUGCAAUGCUGCAGCUUCAGAAGAAGGUCAAGCGUAUGCGGACGUGUCAAACUUGGUACCGCCACUGAUUAGAACAAUAAUAAAUAAAUAAAUAAAUUAUCGUACUAUCUAGUA